GAGGGCUCCUUGAGACCUGGGAAUAAAACGAGAGUAUCUGUACCCUGAUCUGAGGUCAAAGCCUUGGCUCAAACUUGGAUUUGUCUCUUGUCUGUGGGACUGGACAGGCCAGUAGCAUUCCCAGGUAGUGGCUGCUUGGGUCCUGGGCUGUCCCUACUCUCACACUCACCUGUGCAGGUGCCAGGCAGGGGAGGGGGAGGGGUGACUAAGAGGAGAGCUGUCCCCAGGAGUCUCUUUUCUUCCCUCUGGGACUCCACACUCAGCUGCAAGUGCCCCUGACAGGAACCUUGCGAAGUGGAGGGCUGGGGAGUUGGGCUACAAGGUAGGGGUUGCUAGAGGGGCAAGGAUCAGAGGCUGGCUGGGUCAUGCCCAGCUCCUGCUUGGCAGUCCUGCCCAAUAGCACCAAACUGGGCUCAAUUCCUGUUCUGCUCUCUUGCUAGCCUGAGCCAGAAGCUGACCCACACCUCUGUGUCAGCAGCUGAGAAAAGGCAAGCCAACAGUGCUAGGGCUCUUCUGCUCCUCCCGGCAUCCUAAGAGGCGUCAUCUCCCUUGACAUCAGGCAGCCCGCGUUUGAGCUCUGGGUUUGAUUCGGGUAACCCAGCCAGGAUGUGGCAUUCCGAUCUUGGUGACGUGGCCGUGAGGUGGACCAUGCAGUGCGUGUGCCUGAAAUCCUGGAGAGGACAGUGCUUCCCCUGAGACCGUGUCUCACCCUGGCUUUGUGACCUGGAGCAGCUUCCUUCAUCUGCUGGAGACUCAGGGAGCAGCUUGCUUCUUGCUAGGAGCCCUCCCAGCCCUGUCCCCCUCUGCUACCUCACCCUUGCCCUUGGCCUUGCCUUGCCCAUCAAGCUCUGCCCCUCUUCGUCUGCACAGGAGGGAAGCCAACUCCAGAAGUUGCUUUUUGCACCUUCCAGACUUGCCUCUUGGCUGGGCCUGUGGUUUGACCUUGACGUUCCUGUGAUCUAACACCCCUUUGUCCUCACCCUUCUCCUGGGGCUCAGAGAAAUGGGGACACCCUGAUAGCUGGGGCAACACUUGCACCAAGGGUCCCCAGUGCCUCUGCUGUGACUUAGCAGAUGAGGGAUAUAGGAGGGGGGCAUCUGGACGCUUUGAGGACCCAGCUGAGUGGCCUGAGUCACUGAACGAGUCCCCCACCCCCACCCCGGCUAUGGAGACAGUGGGCAGCAAGAGCGAGCCACGGGAACUUUUCUGACUUUCUGCUCCCCAAGAUGAGCACUUGCGGAUUGGCCUGUGCCCCACAGGGCCCUAACUCUGGGAGCAGCGCCUGGGAGAGGGUCUGCAUAGCUGGUGACGUACAGGGUUGGGAUGUGGUUAGAGGGCAGCAGAAGGCAAGGGCCUGGGUUUUGCUCCCAGCUUCGUGUUGAGCUCCUUGUGUGAUCCUGAAGAGCCAAGAGUUCACUCUGGGCCUUGGUGUCCUCAAGGGGCUGGCCCUUCCAGCUCCAACAACGUGCUGGCCCCCAAGGCUCACCCCUGAGCCAUCUGCCUCAGAAGUGGCAGGUCCCUGCUCCUGGCCAGCACUGAAGGAAACCCCAGAUGAGUCCAGUACCACCCAAACCAGCUGUGUUCCCUUGUGGUGUUGGACGCCUCUGUCCGCAGCCACUAAGUGCCCACGGUGGGUCAGGCCCUGUCUGUGGGGUAAGCACAGGGCCUCGUCAGGCCUGCUGCUGCUACCCUAGAGCAGAGAGCAAAGGGCUCCGCAGAGAGAACCUUGGCCUCCACUGGAAAAUCAGAAAGGUUACAUGGAGGAAGCAAAGAGAGGUGUUUGAAACAGGAUCUCUAAGCGCAAGGCAAGCAGGCUGCUGGAACCACUGGUUUACAUAGGCAGGUCUGUAUGGUAGGUGAGUAUGUGUGUGUGUGUCACCUGUGUGUUCCUGUGAGCACACACAUGCCUGUGUUCCUAUGUGUUCAUGUGCACACGUAAGCUCCAGCAGGGAUGCUGGUUGCUGAGGACAAAGCCAACAGGGCUGGCUGGGCAUGCUCCUGUUCCAGGUCCCAGCUUCAGAGAAGCCCCAAGAGUGAGUCCCCGGGCUUUGAUCACUGUGGGGCCUCUGCUGGUCCUGUGAGGGCAGGUGGGCUCAGCAACAGGUGGUGAACCCCAGACUGUGGUUUCUGUGGGAGGUCAGGGUAUCAAUGGCCAGGGCUGGGAGGACACUGGGCCGGCCAGGGAGCGCGGAAAGUGGCGGCCAGUUGUCCUUGUCAGUAACUGCCUGGGUUGCAGCUGAGUCACACGCCUGCGUCAGACACCUGAUGUCACCAGUUUGCGGAGGCAGUGCGUCAUUGCGCAUCUUACCUGAAAUGCGGAUAUGGUGCUAUCUGCUCUCGUGAGUGGGCGAGAGAGAGAGAGAGAUCAUGGUCAUAUAACUUCUAUCGCGGCUUAUAAUUUUUCUCUUUUCUUAUUCAUUGUUACUGCUAAUCUCUCACUGGGCUUGAUUUACUGAUUAGAUUGUAUCACAGACAUGGGUGUACGGGUGUACAUAUAGAGGGAUUGGCGUGAGCCUCUCUUGUGGUCUAGGGACGCAUCCCCAGCAGCAAAGGGAGGGAUUACAAUUGGAUAAACAAUUGAACAACGCUGUGAUGUAGAAUAAGGUAUUGUUUUAGGUGUGGUAAGGAACAAGGGGUACUGUUUAUAGAAUGUGGUCAGCAGAAGUGACAUUGGAGCAGAAAUCUGAAGGAAGGCAGAGACCGAGCGGGCAAGGGCAGGCGGACCAGCAGGUGCCAAGGACCAGAGGCAUGUCGCAGGAGGACCAGCAGGUGCCAAGGGCCAGAGGCAUGUCGGGGACCAGAGGAGAUGGGCUGGGCCAGGUUGGAUGUUGACUUUUUUCCUCUCCCCCAGGGCUCACGUCUCCAGCUCCAUCCCGUGGAAGUGAUGGCUGCCCCUUCUCGGACCUGGGGCCUGCCCCUCGUUUCCCUCCUGCUGUUAGCGACCACUCCUGCGUGGGCAGCAGUGGACGACCCUGGCCAACUCACCUGCUUCUACAAUUCUAAAGCCAACAUCUCCUGCACGUGGAGCCAGGAGGGCGGCCUGCCCGCCACAUCCUGCCUCAUCCAUGCCCAGUCAGCAAAUCGGUUCUGGAACAAAACCUGCAAGCUGGUACAGGUAGAGCGGUCUACCUGGGUAUGUGACCUGAUCCUGGGCCUCCCAGAGUCUCAGUGCCUGACCUCAGCUGACAUCAUCCAUAUGCGUGUGCUCUGUGGAGACCAGGAGUCAAGGCGGCUGGUCAAGAUCCAGGAGUUCAAGCCCUUCAACAACCUUCGCCUGAUGGCCCCCAGCUCCCUCCAGGUCGUCUCCCUGGACUCUCGCAGAUGUAACGUCAGCUGGAAGGCCUUCCAGAUCUCCCACUACAUCCAAUCGUAUCUGGAGUUUACAAUUCGGACACGGUCUCCAGGCCAGAGCUGGGAGGACAGGCCACUGCUGAGGCUCAAGCAGAAGCAGGAGUGGAUCAACCUGGAGAACCUCUGCCCCGACAGCCUGUAUGAGCUCCAGGUGCGCGUCAGGGCCCAGCGUGACGACAACAAGGUGUGGAGUCCCUGGAGCCAGCCCCUGGCUUUCAGGACCAAGCCUGAAGCCAUUGGUACUAAGCAGGAGACCCUGACUGGGUCCUGGCCAGUCCCCAUCAUCCUUGGCAUCGGGGGUGCCCUCGGCUUUCUCCUCAUGGUCUACUUGCUGGUCCACAACUGUGCCAUCUUGUCAUGGCUGAAGAAGGCUCUGAAGUGCCACGUCCCCGACCCCUCACGGUUCUUCUCCCAGCUGAGCUCUGAGCAUGGAGGCGACUUCCAGAAGUGGCUUGCCUCGCCCUUCCCCUCGUCUGCUUUCAGCCCCGGGGGUCUGGUGCCUGAGAUCUCACAGGUGGAAGUGCUGGAGAAGGACUCCAAGGCCACCCAGCUGUUCCUGCAGCAGCGGGACAAGGGGGCACUGCCGCCGUCGCCCACUGCCAGCUGCUUCACCAACCAGGGCUACUUCUUCUUUCACCUGCUGGACGCCCUGGAGAUCGAGGCCUGCCAGGUGUACUUCACCUAUGACCCCUGCGAGCAGGAGGAGUCUGAGGAGGCAGUGCCUGGGACACCCAUGGGGUCUCCCCUCCCGCUGCUGCCCACCGUGUCUGGGGAAGAUGACGCCUACUGCACCUUACCCCCAGGAGAUGAGAUGCUCCUCUUCUGUCCUGGCCUCCUGGGAGGCCCCAGUCCCCCUAACCCUGCCCUUGGGAACAGUGGGGUCAGGGAAGAGAGGCCACCACCCUCCCCACAGGAGGGGAUCCUUGGAAGUGGAGCUCCUCUGGCCCUGGGGCUUCCCAGCCCCGAAGCCCCUCAGCUUGUGAUCAUCCAGCCAGCCCUGGAGGUGGUGCAGGGAGAGGCUCAGGAGGGCGUCGCUGCCCCUGGCCCUGAUGAGGAAGCCACGUCCUCCUGGGUGGCCCCUCCCAUGCAGGACCAGGCUAGGACCCUCACAUCUCGACCGGCCUUGGACACCAACAUCUACCUGUCCCUCCAGGAGCUCCGGGAUCAGGACCCUGCUCAUGCAGUGUAGA